AUCGAAGAAGAAGAAGCUCUCUAGUUAGGUAAUCGCAUAUUUUCAACGUCUUUGUUCCAAACCGUUCACCCCCCUUCGGCUGCAGCUGGCAACCAUAGCUUCGUGAACACUGCAAGCAUGGAUGCUGCCGCUCCCCCGGUUGUCCUUGAACAGUCGGCGACAACGACCCAACAACCAAUGUUCGACAUAUCCAAGCCCCCCGUUAUAGAAGGAUUUACGCCGCUAUCGCGACCCAGAGAAGAGACGUUCCAGGAGAAGUUUAUGAGGAAGUCGAAGGAGAACCCCUUCGUCCCUAUAGGUUGUCUCGGUACAGCUGGAGCGUUGAUGUACGGUCUCCGAGCCUUCAAACAAGGCAAGACCCGUCAGUCCCAGCUCCUGAUGAGAGGGCGUAUCUUCGCACAAGGCUUCACCGUAGUCGCCAUCAUCUUCGGCGUGUUCGCCACGGCUCUGAAGAAAGACUGAGCAGCGUCGGGGUUGUAUUAAUCAUUACUGCAAAAAAACGUUUUGCAACGGGGGAAAAAAACGAAAACAAGGGGUUUCUUAUCAGACAAGUUCUGGUAGUCCCUCCUUGUUCCAGACCGUUUUCUAGCGUUAGGUGGCUAGUGAAUACGACCCAGGCCUUUUUAUUUUUUUGGAAACACCCAUAAAACUCCUGGCAGUUUAUCCCAUCAUUUGACCUUUGGAGAGAACCGUGGUGGUGAAUGAAAUGUGUUGUUUGAAUGUGUAGAAAGGCUUAACGGAACAGAUAUUUAAAAGGCCAACCAACUGUUUUUUUUUUUCCUCGACUCCCUUAACUGCGCUUUUUGGGCUGGUCCAGUCAAAUGAAAUGUACACCCUGUCCUGCAGAUAGCAAAGCAAGCAGGGCACUGACUGCCUUGAGUUUAAAACAUAAUUGUGUAACUUUAUAAUUGAAGUGCAAUGCAGCCAUCCACAAAAACAUCUCUGGGUUGGAGGAAAUGGGCCAGCUGACCCCACUACCUCUUGCCUCUGUUAGUGAGAUCCACCUCUGUAUAAUACCGAUCAUUAUUCCAAGACUCUGAAACACCUUUUUAGCACUGUGUAUUGUCAGUCCCACUUUGGCUGUGCGAGCCAUGUCAAGUGAAGCACAGGUCAUUGUAUCCACACACACACAGGGUACAUGUCUAUCCCUUUAUAAACAUGUGAAAAAGUGAAUAGUUUGUGUGCUGUAAUACUUGAGAGAAAGAUGGUGCAUCGGUGGAGCAUCUGGCUCUUAACACCUAUAAAGCGAAUAAGGGGUGUUAUAGGCACUGGGGAAAGAUGACCUGCCACUGUGGGGCUCUGUUAAGGGAGGCAGAGGUACAACUCGGGGAUUUUCUAGUGCUAGUCCAGUGGUUCUUAGCUGGUUUUGGUCACUGAACCACCAAGUACAUUUUUCUGCCCAGAGUACCCCUGAAGUACCCCUUCAUGAGCAUUUUGACAGUAAGCCUGUGGUCUCGAGUCUUCCCAAGUACCUGCUGUGUAUCGUACACGGUCUUAUUUAAUGCUCACACAAACCCUUUGCUUGAUUAAAACAAUGACAACACCAAAACAGGCAGAUUUCAGAGAUCAUUUUUAUUGAUGGACGAAGAGUUUUCCAAUUUCCAUGUAACAUUCUCUCAUCUGUGUGAGGAUGGAUGACAACGUCCCACUAGGCAACAGCUGAGCACAGAUUCAGAGGCAAUGCAGUUGAAAAUGAAGGGGAAGUGUUUGAAAAUAUGACUCAACAUUAGACUAGUGUUCAUUCAACGGUUUACCACAUGUUCAUGUAAUUCUAGAUUUCUUGUGUUUAAUAUGGCCGUGAUACGAGGACUGUUAAAAACAAGAGUGGCUGUGGAUCUGAGUUCUACUGGACCUUUCUUCCUGGGGCUAAAGGUCCCGAAGAUUCUGCAAGAUGUGGGGGAUUCUCUACUUCCACAGUCUGGGCUGGCUCCUCUGGUGAAUGGUUCUCAUUUAAUAAAAGUCAGGUCAAAGCUGAAUCAAUGCUUGCAAGAUCACAUGAUAUUGUACAGAACAGAAACUAAUAAAAUAGUAUAAUAAUA